GUAAAGACCCGUCAACUUCUCCACUGCUCCAGCUCCUUCUCUUUUUCCCUCUCUGACUCGGCUACCGCUUUCUCUGUGCGAACAAACUGGUUGUAGAUUUUCCAACUUUUCAAUUCUUUAAAGGACUGGCUAAGUCAAAUUGCUAGGGUCGCUUUUUUGUAUUGAUAAGGCUGGUAUUAUUUGGUUAUGGCUUCGAGAGCAAUCUUGCGGAGGAGGAGCUACAUUUACAAUUCCCCAACUCGGCUUACUUCCCUGAUUCGGGGCUUUUCUAGUUUUGAGCGUAGGCAAUCAUUUACAUCCGAGGAUUCACAAGAAUCGCCCUGGGUUGCUAGUCGUCCUUAUCCUAAUUCUGAUUUUAAGAAAGCCAUUUUACCUUCAGUUCUGAAAAAUGAGCUAUCAAAUAACCUAGCAGCACAACAUUGUAGGAGUAACUCUUCUGGAAUCUCAAGCUCGGGUUAUCAAGUGGGAAAUUUAGAAUUUGGAUUUCCAUUGGGAGUUCUAUGGUUUUCACAAUCUGUGCGUUCAGCUUCGACUGCCACUGCUGGUAAACCCAAUAAUCAUGGGAAUGAACAACAGGCUUCUAAAAAGGUGAAGGAGGCUUCGCCUGAGGAAUGUGAUCAAGCAGUGGAGGGCCUGAGUACAGUGAAAGCCAAAGCCAAAGCUAAGCAGGUACAGGACUCCAACAAAAGUGCACAACUGUUCAUCAAGAAAUUAUGGGCUAUGAUUCUUGGCAUUGGACCUGCCUUGAGAGCUGUUGCUUCUAUGAGCAGAGAAGACUGGGCAAAGAAGCUUCGCCAUUGGAAGGAUGAAUUUAAAUCUACAAUGCAACACUAUUGGUUGGGUACAAAGCUACUGUGGGCUGAUGUUCGGAUAAGCUCAAGGUUGUUGGUAAAACUUGCUAGUGGGAAGGGUCUUUCUAGAAGGGAAAGACAACAGCUUACUAGAACGACAGCUGAUAUUUUUAGGCUAGUUCCUUUUGCCGUCUUUAUCAUAGUCCCAUUUAUGGAGUUCUUGCUACCUGUAUUCUUGAAAUUAUUUCCCAACAUGUUACCUUCAACCUUUCAGGACAAGAUGAAAGAACAGGAAGCAUUAAAAAGACGGCUAAAUGCCAGGAUAGAAUAUGCAAAGUUUCUUCAAGAUACAGUGAAAGAAAUGGCAAAAGAAAUCCAAAACUCACGGAGUGGUGAUGUUAAAAAGACAGCAGAAGAUCUUGAUGAAUUUAUGAACAAGGUUAGAACUGGUGCAGGUGUAUCCAAUGAUGAAAUUUUAGGCUUUGCCAAGUUGUUUAAUGAUGAACUUACUUUAGACAAUAUUAGCAGGCCCCGUUUAGUGAAUAUGUGCAAAUAUAUGGGUAUCAGUCCAUAUGGUACGGAUGCAUAUUUACGAUAUAUGCUUCGAAGAAGACUGCAAGAAAUAAAAAAUGAUGAUAAGAUGAUUCAAGCUGAGGGUGUGGAGUCCCUUUCAGAAGCAGAGCUUCGACAAGCUUGCAGAGAGCGGGGCUUACUUGGAUUACUUUCAGUGGAGGAAAUGAGGCAACAGUUGCGUGAUUGGCUGGAUUUAUCUCUCAAUCACUCCCUGCCCUCGUCUCUAUUGAUUCUGUCUAGAGCAUUCGCUGUGUCUGGAAAAGUCAGACCAGAAGAAGCUGUUCAAGCUACACUCUCCUCUCUUCCGGAUGAGGUUGUCGAUACUGUUGGGGUUACAGCUUUACCAUCUGAGGAUUCUGUUUCAGAAAGGAGGAGAAAGUUGGAAUUCCUUGAAAUGCAGGAAGAGCUUAUCAAGGAGGAAGAAGAGGAGGAGGAAGAGGAACAAGCCAAGUUGAAAGAAUCUAUUAGCAAACAAAAGGAUGUGGCUCUGGAAGAGAUGACUGCUUCCACAGAAAAAGAAGCACACGAAUUAGCUAAAGCAAAAACAUUGGAGAAACAUGAGCAGCUAUGCGAGCUCAGCCGAGCAUUAGCUGUUUUAGCUUCUGCAUCUUCAGUCAGCUGGGAGCGUGAAGAGUUUCUGAGACUUGUCAAGAAAGAGGUAGAACUUUACAACAGUAUGGUAGAGAAAGAGGGUACAGAAGAAGAAGAAGAAGCUAAGAAGGCUUACCAAGCUGCCCGAGAGCAUAGUGACUAUACAGCUCAGAAGGCAAUUGGUGACAAAGUUUCCUCUGCACUUAUAGACAGGGUUGAUGCUAUGCUCCAAAAACUGGAAAAAGAAAUUGAUGAUGUUGAUGCCAAGAUUGGAGACCGAUGGCGGUUACUGGAUAGGGAUUAUGAUGGUAAAGUAACUCCUGAGGAGGUUGCCCAUGCUGCUAUGUAUCUCAAGGAUACAUUGGGCAAGAAGGGUCUUCAAGAGCUUAUUAGCAACCUCUCCAUAGAUCGAGAAGGAAAAAUACUUGUUGAAGAUCUCAUCAAAUUAGGUGGUGAAACAGAAGAUGCCGAGGACGACACCGCUGAAGCAGGAAGACCAUAGGGAAAUGUACUGAAAUUUUUUGUCGUGAAAUCUUUUUUGGAAGUAUCAUCGUUAGUGCAUUUAAUACAACAUUGUUAUAAACUUAGAAAUAAAGUAGCACUUGACUUUAGCAUAUGGUAUGAUGGUUUUAUGUCACCUACUACAAACUGAAUAUAUUACAAGUCGAGCAAACAUGAACCCUACAAUAUUCUUUAUCGCACAAGGUUAUAGUGAAACAGGGCGAUGCUGUUU